UGGUCUUCAAGUUCAGAGAAUCGAUAUUUUUACCGAACAGCAAGACAAGGGUACCAUGUUCAUGCUGAAGAUCUCUGCCUUCCUUGUCGCUUAUGCCGCAGUGGUGUGUCAGAUGUCCAGCUCAAACGCUGCCCCAGCCAGACCUGCUUCAGAGUCUCUGACAGACAGAUUUGCGCUCAUGGACUACGAAGCGCGGAGAUUAUUGAGCGCUAUUGUCAAAAACAUGGUGCAGAUGACAGCGGAGGAACUGGAGCCGACGAGUGAUGACAGCAGCCAGGGCAGAUUCCUGUCCAAGCGCUGCUCCAAUCUCAGCACCUGCGUGCUGGGAAAACUCUCCCAGGAGCUGCACAAAUUACAAACCUUCCCGCAGACGGACGUGGGCGCCGGUACGCCCGGCAAGAAGCGCAGCCUGCUCGAGGGCAAUCAGUUCACGAGCUACGAGGAGACGUUUAACGCCAUCUAACCCUAACCCUCCCGUUGCAUGUGGAUUCUGCCUGCUUGACUGACCUGGUUGCAUUGGGCUUUUCUUUCUUUCUUUCUUUCUAAAACCUAGACUAAAUUUCUUCCAUACAGAGUUGUUUUUGUGCAUUUCACACAUGCCUCUUGAAUAACUGAGUAAAUGUAUUAUAAAGGUAACAUCCACUGAUAACAAUCAAAGAUAAAAAAAGUAUGAUUUCUUUCAUGUGUUUAAGUUCAAUAAAGGUAUUUUUAUAUCAGGAACUCUAGUUUUAUUGUCAAGUUAUUAGUUACAUUCAAUUUAUUGAGUGCCUCUACAAAUACAUCAAGAUUUCUGCAGGUAAGAUGAUGACAUCUGUGAACGUGAUCAAAUAAUCAGACUGAUAAUGCCAUAUUAUACAUGUCCAUGAAUAAUGCAUGAACGUACAUGUAUAAGUGUCUCGAUCCCUGUGCUGAUGCGCGCUCUCGCU